AUGCACCCUCACCCUCACCCUCACCCUUAUCCUUCUCGAUCGCCAUACCCUCCACUAUCACCCGCAACACCCAUCACACCCUCCAUCACAUCACCGUCACCGCAGAAACAGCAUCCACCUUAUGGUUUCACUCCCAGCAGCAUCAACAUGAACGUGAGCAUAGGUCAUCUUCAUCCUCCCCCUCCGCAUCAUCACGGCAGUAGGAACGACUCGAUCACGUCCACUCGGUCCCACUCGAAUCAUGCGGAAUACAGCGAAUCUGAAUCAGAAGGCGAAGAUGGUAAAGUGGAAAAGGAUAAGCUGGAGUUACGUCGUGAGAAGAACCGAGUGAAACAGAGGAAUCUACGGUUGCGUCGAGCGAAUCAUAUAGCUGAGCUCGAAAGGAAUCUCACGAAUAUACGAGCAGAUCAUUCCUCCCUACAGAGUAGUUUCGCUCAUCUCCAACAGAGGGAGAACAAUCUACAAGGAUGGGUUCACGAUCUGGAAUUUGCUUUGUUCAGAAAUGGUCUAGCAGCCGAGGUCGAUACUCUACGUCGCAUAUGGGUAGAUCGAGAAUCCAACAAACCCACUCAGCUUCCUCCUCCCCCACCAUCUUCCAGUCAACACGUUUCGAUACCUCAUCAUGCACUUCCUACUCCCUCUGGUCCACCUUCUGCCGAUCCACUAUCGACCCUAGCCCGAGCAGCCUCUUCCAUGCCACCUGGAUCUGAACCCGCUUCCGGCUAUCCCGAAGCCAGGAUGAGCUAUCCCCCACCUUCGGCAAGGGAAACGAGACCUACUUUACCUCGACCCACCUCUUUCUCUCGUCCUCCGUUCGAAAACCCCUAUCCUACUCCAGAAUUACAAUGGGGAUCGCAGAUGAACGAAUGGGUACAAGCACCCCCUUUGGCAUCGUCUGAAUCCGACAAGAAACGUAAGAGAGAUCCUUAUGCUGCUGAUUAUCCGCCCCCACCACCACCACACCACUCAACUCUCAGACCAGGUCUACAUCCCAUGUCAGGCAGAUUAUCGGAAUCGAACAUCCACACGUUACCGCCUAUCCAAUCUUACCGACAGACUUCACCCACAUCCGCUCGACCAACAUCAGCACCUUAUCAGUCCGAAAGGCAUUCCGUACCCAUAUCAGCCUCGACGUCUUCUGGAACCGGUAACGUCUCACCUCGUUCGAUAAGGAUAUCCGAUCUGGUAUCGCCAAAACCUUCACACACCGAUCACAUCUUACCGAGCCUCUCGACGUCCCUGACAGCCACCGAAUUGACGCAUCCCUCGAUACCCGAAUCGAAAAGACAGUUGGAGAUGCUGACGAACAGGGAAGGAGGUUGGAAUAGAAGAUCGAGCUCGAAAGGUGAUCUGUCGGUGACCGGAGACGGAGAGGGAAGUUCCAUCUCUGAAUGGAACCAGACUCCCCCCUUUGAGAUUCUUCAGACCGAAAACCGAGGAAGAGGAUCAUCCCAUCUUGAAAUCGAGUCCUCGAUCCAAUGGGGAUUCUCGAAUGACCAGCAGAGGCAAAGACAUGGAGAGGGAGAUAUCACCCAAAACCAGACUAUCCUUAUCCCCUCGGCGAUUGGGGUCGAGCAGCUUCGCCCUAUUGAAAGUCAAGGAACAUCAGCUAUUGGAUGGUCAAGUACCGAAAUCGGCUUAGACACCACUCACCAACUGGUAAAUCAGGGAGAGGGAGGAGAAGAAAGGUUUUUGACGGAUUCGAUACCUCACGCGUCCGUUUAUACAGCUAGGAUAUUACUCUUAUCGAUCUUACCUCAACCUGUCUCGUUGGAUAAUCCACCGUUAUUACCUGACUUGUCCAAGGAACAACAACAGAUAAUCCUCACUGCUUUAUCCAACUUGUCCCCUCCAGAAGUGGCAGAUCAAUUCCGAUCCACGCAGUUGAAAGAUCUUUCGGCGGAAGAUGCCAAACUGUUAUUGGAAUAUCAAUCUUCUCUACAUUCCGAUUUACGACUGGUUUUAUUCCCCAUCGCGAUUCUGCGAGCAGCCACCAUCAGAAUAUACAAGGCCAAUCCUUCGACGUCCAACCUGACUCACUUCAUCUCAACAACUUUGAGAGAGGCUAGGAUAUUUGGUAAUCCACUUGAUCCCGAUGCGUGGAAAUGCCAGAUACCUUCUGGGACCAAUGGGAUGAUCCUGGGUCUCAAAGGGGAGAAACUCAAAAGGAGGGAAGGGUGGGUGGGUAAACCACCUGGAUGGAAGAUGCCUCAGUAG